AUUGGUGGCUGCAGCCACCCUUAAGUUAUUUCCAUCAUCGUGGGCCCUUAUCUCUGACAUGGAAUCUAUUCUUCCCAGAUAGUGGGAGUCCAUCGAGGGAGGCACCUGCCAUCUGCUUCCCUCUCAGCCACUCACAGGCCUCACCAGGCAGAAAAGGACUCUCACUGAUGUUGAAAGUCUGCCUACAUUCCUUCUGGCCAUUUGGUUUCUGAAGAAAAUGAGCUGAAACAGGAGCACCUGAGACAAGACUUUAUUGGAAGCCGCGAGCGCUCAUGGCUGGCUUGGAGGUACUUUUCGCUUCUGCGGCACCGGCGAUCACCUGCGCCCAAGACGCGCUCGUCUGCUUCCUGCACUGGGAGGUGGUGACACACGGCUACUACGGCUUGGGUGCCGGCGACCAGCCAAGUCCCAGUGAUAAGAAGUCAGAACUACUACCAGCUGGGUGGAGCAAUAAUAAAGACCUGUAUGUCCUCCGCUAUGAGUCCAAGGAUGGGUCCAGAAAACUCCUGAUGAAAGCUGUCCCAGUGGAGAAUAGCAUGAUCAUCAAUGUGCUGGAAUAUGGCUCACAGCAAGUAACAGACUUGACUCUGAACUUAGAUGAUUUUAUCAGUGCAGAAGACCUGGGUGACUUCCACAGGACCUACAAAAACAGUGAGGAGCUUCGUUCUCGAAUUAUAUCUGGAAUCAUCACACCUAUCCAUGAGCAGUGGGACAAGGCCAGUGAAAGCAGUCCCCAGCGGGAGUUCCCCCCUGCCACCGCCAGAGACGUAGACCCUCUCCGGAUUCCUCUGCACCAUCCGCACACCAGCCAGCAGCCUCCCUGGUCUGAUCCCCUGAGCCCCUUUGCUGUCGGGGGAGAAGACCUAGACCCCUUUGGGUUCCGGAGAGGUGGCAUGAUUGUAGACCCCCUGAGAUCUGGCUUCCCAAGAGCACUUAUUGACCCAUCCUCGGGUCUCCCGAACCGGCUUCCUCCAGGCGCAGUUCCCCCAGGAGCUCGCUUUGACCCCUUUGGACCCAUCGGGACCAGCCCCUCUGGACCCAACCCAGACCAUCUCCCUCCACCGGGUUUCGAUGACAUGUACCUGUGAAAGCUUCAAGAAUGUAACAUCCCAGCUUCCUCUCUACUCUUUCACAUCUGCCACCACUGGCCCCACCAGCAGCCGUGGUCUUGUAAACUGGGCAAGGGACUCUCCAUGUGUUUGCAGGCCAGCUGGGAUUGCCUCCUUGCUCCUUCUCCAAAGCAAGGCACCUGCUGCAGCUCCCCACCUGGCUGCACCUACUUCCCAAAGAGAAGUCAGUGUGUGUCUCACCACCAGCUCCUCCCAACUUCUUGCAGGAGACUCUGGCAACAUACACCCUCCACCGAGUACAGCCCUAGUUACAGUGCUAUAAGAACAAAAUGCAUUUUGGAUGUUAUUAUUAAGAACCAAAUGUCAGUACAAAAUUCAUGUUGCCGGUUUCCCACUUUUCUUCUUGAUUAACACAUUGCUCCUUCCAGUUAUGGAAUUUCAUAGUUUCAGUCUUUGUUGGGCUGAAUGUUUCUUCUUCUAUUCAAG